AUUUUCUUAGAAAAAAAGUGAAUCCACUCCCGGGUCCCGAGAACUGCACGCAAUGUAUUAAGAAAAUUAAAUAAAUGAAAAAGCCUUACAAGUUACCGCAUACAUAGUAUUAAUGCAUACGGUACGGUAUAUACCUACCCUUAUACCUACCCUUAUACAUAUGUAUGUGCAUAUAUGUGCAUAUAUCCAGGCCUGCUACAUACAUAAGGCUUUCCCCUUUUUGGAUACAACAAGGUUACGAUGUAGAUACAAUACAUACACUACACUACAUGUAGACAAUAGUUCAGACUGCCUAUUUCCGGUAUGGCUUCACUUUUAUUUAUUGCAGUACGUACUUACCUUGUUCGCUAUGGAGGCAGGUAUCGUCAACCUCGGAACCGUGGGAGGUCUUCAGGAACGCCAGCAACGCCCUGUCGUGUGGGAGGUUUCAUACCGUAACUACAUUACACAAGCAUGUAGUUACAUACUAUGUACAAUACGUACGUACGACCAGAGAAAAAGACAUUAUCAAUGAUCGUCCGAGGGCCCCAGCUACAUAAGGCGAACUGAACUUCCCGUGCCGCCGUAUCUCGCAUUCCCGGUGGCGCAUCUGGGCGACUCUCGCACGUGGGUGACACAC